CUCUCUCUCAGCAGUGCUGCCAUGAACACUUUCUUGCUAUGCUCGCUGUGCCUCCUUGGGGCCUGGGCUUCUCUGGCAGAUGGAGUCACCGUGCAGGAUGGAGAGUUCUCCUUUCCCUUGGAGUCUGUGAAGAAGCUCAAGGAGCUUCAGGAGCCUCAGGUGCCCGGCAUGUGGAAUCGCAAGAAGUUUGCUGGAACCCUGGUUCCCGCCCUCUGUAAGAACCCACAGUUCCCCAAAGAACUCCUGUCACUGUGCAAAGAGACCAAUGCCCCGGAGAUCCUCAAGAGACUGGCAACCAUCGCAGAAGACCCAAGCACUUGUGAAAUCUGUGCCUUCGCUGCCUGUGCAGGCUGCUAGGCUGGCUGGUGCCCACUGCCUCCUGCUUUGCCCCAAAGGAUGAGCCCUGCCCAGACAUGGAGGAGCAAGAAGAGAACUACGUGGGGGAAAACCCAGCAGUUAACCUUUUCUGAGCUGCUGGGUGCUUCCCAAGAUGCACUCCAAAGUUCAGCUAA